AUGUCCGUUGAUGCCAUCAGCCUCGAAGUGUUCAAAAACAUGUUCAUCUCCGUUUCGGAGGAGAUGGGAGUGGCGCUGCAGCGGACCAGCUACUCCACAAACAUGAAAGAGCGACAGGACUUUUCAUGCGCGCUGUUCAACCCGCAGGCCGAGAUGGUGGCGCAGGCAGCGCAUCAACCCGUGCACCUGGGAGCGAUGCCAGCGUCGGUUCAGGCCGCCCUGCAGACCUUCCCGCGGGGCCUGCGUCAGGGCGAUAUCGUCAUCCUGAACGACCCGUAUCUGGGUGGUUCCCAUUUGCCCGACAUUACGCUGGUUGCGCCGGCUUUCAUCGAGACCGACGGCGCAAAAACCCUCAUUGGAUACGUCAGCAACCGCGGCCACCACUCCGAUGUGGGAGGGAUGGCCCCCGGGUCGAUGCCCCUGUCGACCGAGCUGUACCAGGAAGGACUGAUCAUCCCGCCAUUGAAGUUGUCUCGCGGUGGACGACUCAACCAGGAGAUUAUCGCCCUGAUCUGUCGCAACUCGCGCACACCGGAUGAUCGGCGAGGCGACCUGGCCGCACAGAUCGCGUCCAUCCGCGUCGGUGAAAAACGCCUCACCGAAAUUGCCGAACGCUAUGGGCUGCCCGAUACCCAUGAGCACAUGGAUGCCCUGCUCGACUAUUCUGAACGGCUCACCCGCCGCGCCAUUGCCGAAAUUCCCAACGGCACCUACCGGGUGACUGACUACAUGGAUGACGACGGAUUGACUCAAGAACCCGUGGUCAUUAAGGUGGCCGUAACCGUGGAAGAUGAUCGAAUGACCAUUGAUUUCACCGGUACCGCCGAUCAUCGGCCCGGUUGCAUCAACGCUCCGCGAGCCGUAACCGUGUCCGCCAGCCUGUACGUCAUCAGGUGCGUGGUUGGCAGCGAAGCGCCAGCCAAUCAGGGCUGCCUGCGCCCGGUAGAAGUUAUUACCCCCCGGGGCAGCCUGGUCGAUCCACUCCCCCAACGGGGCGUAGCGGGCGGCAACGUGGAAACCUCCCAGCGCAUUACGGAUGUGCUACUGGCCGCCAUGAGCCAGGCGCUGCCAGACCGGAUCCCGGCGUCGUCCCAGGGCACGAUGAACAACAUGAUCAUCGGUGGCCACGACAUAUCUCGCGACAAACCCUACGUUUACUAUGAAACAAUUGGCGGCGGCAUGGGAGCCCGGCCGGAUAAAGAUGGCAUUUCCGGCAUCCACACUCACAUGACCAAUACGUUGAACACUCCGGUCGAAGCCCUGGAAUUCGCGUUCCCGCUGCGUCUGCGUCGCUAUUCCCUGCGUCGCGGGUCCGGCGGCGACGGAUUGCACCGGGGCGGUGAUGGCCUGGUGCGUGAAGUGGAGUUCCUAAGCCCGGCCCGAGUUACCGUGCUCUCGGAGCGGCGGCGUUUUGCUCCUCCCGGAUAUUACGGAGGGCACCACGGCCAUCAGGGGGAGAACGUACUCCUCCGGGGCGGCUACGAAGAGGUGCAUCUGGCCGGCAAAGAGACCCUGGAUGUGGAGGCGGGCGACAUUUUGAGCAUCCGGACACCCGGUGGCGGUGGCUGGGGAGCGCCAGCCGGCGGCGAGGGCCACGACCAUCAGCGCUGA